GAACCGUUCGACAUAGAGUACUGACCCCCCCAUUUCCUUGCUCUAGAUCGCAGCGAACACACCCAGCGCCACCUCCGACUCGCAAGGAGGUUUCUCCGUGGGGGGUGCCGUUGCCCUGACAUUGUUCGUCGUGUCCCUCGGUCUCUUCGUCACCUAUCAUUGGUGGAGGCCGCACAUCCCACUCAAGUCGUUUUUCGGCUGGUGCCCUUGUUUUGUCCCGAUCCGCACCAACCAUCGCAACACCCACUUCGUGAACUGCCACUCCACCAUCAUCACGAUGACCCCGAUCGUCAGCCAUGCAGCCACCAGGGGCACAUGCACCACUGCUGCAGCAGACUCGUUCUGCAGCGCUGAUGCACGUGCAUUCGAGCAGAGAGCUGAGCUCUCUGUCUCGUCUGAUGCCGGGACAUCGCAGCCGUCUCAGGCUGCUGGUCCAGGAGAUGCCAACCAGUCACUCCCUUUCCCGCUUCGUUUCAAACCGGACGGUGAGCCGGAGAUCCACUACCUUCCUGUCUACACGAUGACCGUCAAAGCAAUGAGGCAGCAAUGCCUCCAGCUCAACCUACCUUUGUCAGGCACCAAGGCCAUUCUUUGUGAGCGCCUCGAAGGCUUCAGUCGCGACCGAAACUUGUGGGAUAGGCCUGGGGCCCGCAAAGCUCACAAAGGCCCACGGACAGGUCCAGCAAGCAAGGCCAAGGCACGCCGCACGAAGCAGUCAACACAGCGUCGUGCUGAGUUGCUUGGUGACUGCGAAAUGGCCUCUGACCCCACUGCCACCACCCGCUCCAAAGACACUCGCACGAUGGCUGAAGUCGCAGCACUGUUGCCUUGGGCUGAUGCUAUCAAUCGUGCAUUCCCAUAUGCGCUGACAGAUGGUCAGCUUGCACCAGCUGCGAGCACCCUGCCCUGCCCCACUCCUGCGAGCGCUGGUGCUGAUGCGAGCUUGCAAGAUGCAAUUGUCCAGAGUGUGGGCACAAGGCUCGUCAACAUUGUCCAAGGUGCCCUCCUCCAGCCGAGUACAGUUCAGGUUGGGCUACCCGAGGCCGAGCCCCAGGAUGCGGGCACCUCUGCUGGGUGUACACCAGAAGAACCUGCACCAGCCACGGAGACGAGCACCAAGAGGAUGCGAGUUCUCAAGCUUGGGAAUGGCACAUUGCUGCAAGUGGCUGACGACGAAAUCCCAGACCCACCUGCCAUCAGUUUUGUCAACGACAUCCCUCGGCUCAAUGGAAUGUGGGAUGAUCGCACGGAGCACUGGCAGGGCACGUCCAUCAUCAACAUACAAGGCCACCCGAUUGCAAUCGAGUACUGGCCUUUGCUCUAUCGCUAUGGCCAUGAUCAGCAAUGGAAAGGUACGAAAAACAAGUGGACUGACUGGCGUGACAUCGUUGAGCGGUACCGACGAGGCACCCCAGAACAGUUCUGGGCCAGGUUCAGGGCUGCCAAUGGUGAGCCUCUGAAGUUCACUGCCAUUGUUCACAGGCUUCGCGAAGAGCGCAAGGAAGCAAACUUUGCACUUGUGGAGCGUGCUCGCGAGGAAUAUCGCUCAGACUUUUUCUUUACUUACCGAAAAGGAGGUGAGGAGCACACCAUGACGAGGCCAUCUGCGAUUGCAAAGAAAUACAAGGAACUCAUGGUUAGCAACUCGAAGGAGGUCUGUGAUUGA